UACGCGAGUAACGUACUUGCUCACGAACAUUUAAUUCAUUACAACCCUAAUUACAUGAAGCCAAAGUAUUGUUUGUGUAAAACUAUAUACUGAACCAUCUACCCUUCCCACCGGAAUAAAUAAUCCAUGGCCCCAAGACAGCUAAUCAAUGAAGUAAUUAACUUAUUGCAGCAUGGCUGGUAGGGAGAAUAUGUUUAUUUUGUUAAGGAAGUUAAUUGAAUGCAUAUAACUAUAAAGGAAGUUACAAGGAUAGGUACAAUUGAUAGGGAAUGUGAGAUGAGAUGGGCCACUUGCCAAACACACAAGUUGAGACAGUGCUAUAAGGAAACAUAUAUAGUGCUAACCCACUUUGUCGUGUUAAACUAACAAAAAGGACUUCUCAUCCAAACCCUAACUUAUUCAUCAUAUUUUCCCUUUCUAUUUAUCCAUCUUCCCCUCCUUGCUUUUUUUCUCUCAAUGCACUAGUUAGCUUCACCGUGUUGCCUACCGUUCAUCAAUCGUCAACUAGCUAGCUAGGGAUCAUUGUACGAUGGAGUCAUCGAGUGAUGCGAAGCGAUCGUGCCCUCGAGGGCACUGGAGGCCGGGGGAAGACGAGAAAUUGCGGCAGCUUGUUGAGCGGUUUGGACCGCAAAAUUGGAACUCGAUCGCGGACAAGCUUCAAGGAAGAUCAGGUAAGAGUUGUAGAUUGAGGUGGUUUAACCAACUAGACCCAAGGAUCAACAAAAGACCAUUCACGGAAGAGGAAGAAGAGCGGCUCCUUGCCGCACAUCGAAUCCAUGGCAAUAAGUGGGCUCUCAUCUCCCGGCUCUUCCCCGGUCGAACUGACAACUCAGUCAAGAACCACUGGCAUGUUAUCAUGGCACGACGACAACGAGAGCAGUCGAAGCAAUUGAGCAAGAGGAGUGCUUCUCAAGAGCAGUUCUAUACUUCAUUCCAAGCUUCUCAAACUGAAACGGGACAACUCUUCAAAUUCGGAACUCUUUCUUGGGCGGCUUUCUCCAGAUCAUUAAGGAUGCAUUCGACGCCAGAGCGCUUUAGUACCCAACCAUUUCCAUGGAGUUAUACAAACUUUGAUGGUGCAGCUAAGGAUUGUUCUAAGAAGGUCCAUUCUGUAGGAGUUUGUGGAAAUUCGCCAAUGAUCUCGAGCCAAACGGUCUGUGAUAAUUCAAGCAUAUUGAUGAUGAACUCUCCUAGUAUUCACAACGAGCAUGAUCAAGAGGGAUCCUUGAAGAGGAAGGAGGUUACCUUCAUAGAUUUCUUAGGUGUCGGAAUUACUACAUGAGUAGAAGAACAUAAUGAGUAGGUGAACGUCGAGUUAAUUUCAGUAAGUAAUAAAUUUAGAUUAGAAGAGACUUAGGAGAUCUUCGUCAUAUAAUUGUUUGAUGUGAGUAUUGCGAUCUAUGGAAAAGUCCAACAAGUUUUUCCUCAUCGAGUUUGAAAUCGAGAAAGAAUAUCUCAUACUUGAGCAUAUCAUGUGAAUAUGAUUCGCAAAUAUUACAUCAAAUGAAUGUGCUAAGUAGUAUGUUGAAUGAGCAUGUAAUGAAUGGGAAUAUGUGAAUGAAUAGGUCUCACCCUUUGUGAUGGA